AUUAAAAAAAGGUCACAUUUAGUUUUAAAUGUCACUUUAAAGUCUUGACUUUUGCUCCUGAAUGUUCUACCAUCCCCGUGUGACGUCAUCGCCUUUCCAGCGGCGUCCUCGUCUCCCGUGGCAACCGUCAAGCGUCUCCCAUAACAUGAAGAAUGGAUUCUCUCGUGCACGAGGUGACGCAGAUCGUAAAAUUGCAGAGAGAAUCCGCUCUGCAGAGACUCAGCUCCUUGUUCUCGUGGCCUGAGUUCACUGAUGAACGACGCGUCUUCCACCAGGAGUUUGUCUACGACGUCUCCGUGUUCGCUGCAGGUCGCGGCCUCUCGUGGCCUGACGUCGCCCGGACUGCUGUGACGGCCAGAAACAUCUUCCCUCAGCUGGGCGGUGUGGACGCUCACAGACUCCUGUCCCUGCUGAGAGACGCUCUGCAAGAGUGUUUGCCAAACCUGACCCCCGUGCACCGACAUGAGGUCACUCAGUUCCUCACAGAGACCUGUGUCACGCGCCGGAGGCUCCUGCAGGCCGUGGUGGGCGGAGCUGCAAACGUCACCGCCACUCAGCUUCACCUGGAGGUGCAGCUGCCGCCCACACCUCAACCUCUCACACAGGGAGCAGAAGUCCAUGAGCUGGAGCGUCGUCUGCAGCAGAACAAGCUGUCCUCAACUCUCCAGCAGAAGCAGGAUGAGCUCAGGAGGCUACGAGAAGGUCCACGGGUCACUGUGGAGGACAUUCCUGAGGAUGUCCUCAUGGACAAAGAGGUGGCUGUGACGCUGGUACGAGCAGCAGUGAAGGCCACAGAGGAGCAGAUCCUGCUCAGUCUCAACCGUGAGGUGUCUCUGCUCGCUGACAUCCUGCAGCUCAGACUGCAGCAGGCCGCUCUGACCACCAGGAGGCGCCACACUUCACAUGUUUCCAGUACAGCCUCACAUCCAGAGACUGCAGCAGUGAAGGCCAAAACACACACACCAAAAGCUAAAGCAGGAAAACAUGACAAAACAUGACAAAAGACAUUUUUAUAUUCAACCAGACUCACAAACACUGCCUCAUCCAUACUCUUACAUUUGAAAUGAUUGUCUUAUUGUGAAGUGGAGGAGUAAAGUACUGGUUUGUGAUCAUUAAAGAGACAACACUGAGUCAUGAAAGCUGAGGGUUUAUUGUAAACCAUGUGAAAUCCUUUUGACUCAACAGAAAUAGCUGCAGACAACACUUUUAUCUGAUUAGUAGAGCUCCUUAAAAGUACUGUAUCAUAACGUUUAGGAUUAUUUCUAAUCACCCUGGUGUAUGCAACAUUUCACUUGAUGUUAAUAAAUGGGUAUAUUUGUGCUUAAAAA